AUGUACCAGGUUGCUGCUUUCUUGGCUGUGAUCGUGGGAACCCACACGGCCAGUUUGCACACCCAGAGUGACUGCAGUCAUUGGCCCAGCUGCUGCCCCAGCAAAGAACAAGACUCCACUCCGGAGUUGCUGACAUGGAACACUGCCUCUGUAUCUCUCCCAGAGCUUAAACAUCACACACAAUCCUGCAGGGCCAGCAGUGAUGGGCCCCUCAACACCAGGGCCAUCUCUCCUUGGAGCUAUGAGUUGGACAGGGACUUGAACCGGGUGCCCCAGGACCUGUACCACGCGCGCUGCCUGUGCCCACACUGUGUCAGCCUGCAGACAGGCUCCCACAUGGACAAAAAGGGCAACUCGGUACCAAUCUACCACAACCAGACGGUCUUCUACCGGCGGCCAUGCCACGGACAGCAAGGUUGCCAUCAUGGCUACUGUCUGGAGCGUAAGCUCUACCGCGUCUCCUUAGCUUGUGUGUGUGUGCGGCCCCUUGUAAGCUCUUAGUCACGCUUGCCACCUACCUGAGGCUGAUGUCUUGCCGCAGCGGGCCGGGGUACCUGGGCUCUCGAGCCCUCCAGAGCUCUACUGAAGCACCAGGGUCCUGGGACAAGAUGGAGAACUUGGGGAGAAACCCCCUACUUUUGCACUUUCGGAAAGAACUUUCGGGAAGGAGCAGCUUAGUUUCCGUUUGUGGCUGCUGGAAGAUGCUGUCAUGGCCUUCCCUCUCAGAAGACUCUCUAAGGGCCUGCUGACCCCGGAAGCCACACUACUCUCUCCUCCUUCCCUCUGACUUUCCCUGCCCAGCACAGGCACUUUCUCCACAUUUCCCCCUUUGCCCUUCAUUUUGUUUGCUUGUGAAUACUGACUCUGUAGGCAGCCAGGUGUAACUACUUUGACAUGGAUGAUUCUGAGGAGAAAACUGUUAUUAAAUGUGAAGAGAUUUAUCCAAAUAAAUAUCCAUAUUUCAAAAUGGUCUCAUUUGUCUUUGGCAUCCAUGGCCCCCAACUGGUUCCCUUUUCCUUUUCUAGUACUUUCUCCACUCCGUCACUGGCCCUGGUGUCCAUCCCUGAAUGUAAGAGUGGGGGUCAGACAGCUCAACAUGGGGGAGAGACAGAAGCCUAUUGAGGCACUGCAGUAGGCACACAGCGCCCCCUUGUCUCCCCAACAAUC